AUGUGGGCUCAAGGCUGCAAAGCUGCCGUGUUUGGACAGAGCAAGGGGCUGUCCCGGGGCGCGCGGGGCUCGGCCGUGGGGCUCGGUCCAGACCCGACCCCGACCCCGACCCCGACCCCGGCCCCGACCCCGGCCCCGGCCCCGGCUCCUCCCGGGGCCCGCGGAGGACACAGGCGGCGCGGCCGCUGCCGCCGCCUCCGCUGCGGCUUCCCCGGCCCGAGCUCCGCCGCUCGGCAGCGCGGCCGCCGGCCCCGAGCCGCCGCUGUCCCGUGUCAGGGAGCGAAGGGCUGGCGAUGGCCGGCCGGGGCGCUUGAGGGGCGCUCGGGGGCCGGUGCUGGCCCCGGGCCGAGCGCUGACAGCCGCGUCCCGCCCGCAGGGAAGGCGCAGCGGGGCCUGAAGGAGCAGUACCGGCUGGGCUCGCUGCUGGGGCGCGGCGGCUUCGGCAGCGUCUUCGCGGCCACGCGGCUCUCGGACGGCGCCCCGGUGGCCAUCAAAAGGGUGCCACGGAAGCGCGUGCAGCACUGGGGCGAGCUGCCCGACGGCACCAGCGCACCGCUGGAGAUCGUGCUGCUGGCCAAGGUGUCCGCUGGCUUCUCCGGGGUCGUCCAGCUGCUGGAGUGGCGUGAAUUCCCCAACGACAUCGUGAUGGUGCUGGAGCGCCCGGAGCGGUGUCAGGACCUGCAGCAUUUCAUUCGGGCCCGGGGCUUCCUGUGCGAGGAGGUGGCGCGGGAGCUGUUCCGCCAGGUGCUGGAGGCCGUGCGGCACUGCACCAGCUGCGGGGUCCUGCACCGCGACAUCAAACCAGGCAACAUCCUGGUUGACCUGGCCACCGGGCAGGCCAAACUGAUUGACUUUGGCUGUGGCACCUACCUGCAAGACACAGCCUACAUUCACUUUGCAGGUGAGCCCACGCAGGGGUGUGCUCCUGGUGCCGGCAUCUCAUGGCCCAACAUCUCACAGCCCAAGCUGGGUGUGGCAGCAGGGAUUCUCCCUUUUGCUGCCCUUCAUGGCACUGAGAUCUCAGCCAAGUUGCUUUUGAGCAGGGCUGGGUGGGGAGGCAGCUUCCAGCCCUGCUGGCAGCCUUUGCCCACCACUGUGCCCAGGACUGGGGCUGGGGCUGGAGCAGCCAGCCGGACAAAAACAGCCGUGGGUGGGGGUAGCAGAGAGGGGGGGUCCAGAACCUGUGCCCCAGGCAGUUUGGUGUGCAGGUGAGAAAGGGCUUGGACUGCUCCACUCACCUGGUUUGCUUUGGGUUCCUAAUAUUUUUGGGGCAAUGCAGGCAGGGUGGAUGAAGGCAUGGUUUUUCCCCCAGCACUGAGUGGGUUUUUGUCAUGGUCGGGCCUUGCCGGGGCUUCCACUGCCCUCUUCCAACACCAGUGGCUUCUCUUCCAGCCCCAAGUCAUGACACAAGUCCCAGGUGCUGGUGAGAGGGCAGUGGUCACCCUGUGUGCCACUGGGGCAGCCCCCAGACGCCCAGGGAUGCUGGGGCCAGGCUCUGGGAGCAGCAGCAUCCCCCUGCUGAACUCCAUCUGUAUUCCAUAGGAACACGCUCAUACAGCCCCCCGGAAUGGACCCACUUUGGCUGGUACUACGGCAAGCCAGCUACCAUCUGGAGCCUGGGCAUCGUGCUGCACCAGAUGGUCUGCGGGGAGCACCCUUUCAGGAGGGGCCAGAAGAUCAGCUGGGACCAGCAGCUCUGGCUGCCACAACGGCUCUCUCCAGGUGCAUCCUCUUCUCUGGGCACGGGGGGAAUGCCAGUGCUGGGAGACAGCAGCGGGCUCGUCAGCAUCCCGCUCUGGCAGCUGCUGAGGAGGUGGCACAUGUCCUGCUCUCCUGCUCUCCUCCAAAACAGGGAAUCGAUGGGAAAGCUUAGGCCCAGCUCUGAGCACCUCCAGCAUGGCCUGGGCACGGGAAUAGUGGGGCAAAGGCAACAGGAGCCUUCUGCAGCUGACCGGCGGUUUCUGGUUUCUGUGCCCAGAGUGCCAAGAUCUGAUCAGGCGGUGUUUAUCCAUGCUGGACGUGGAAAGGCCCUCAUUAGAAGAGCUGUUGUGUCAUCCUUGGAUGCAGGAUAUUCAUCUGCCCUAGAAGAAGGGAGAGAGCCACAGGCGCCCUUUGAUGCAGGGCCCUGGUAAGUCAGAGCUGCACACAUGCCUUGGCAAUCAGAAGCAAAGGAAGCCAGACUUUUUGUCCUGCCUGUGUCACUGCCCAGGGCUCAUCAGAUGGGAACACGCAGCCCUUGUGCUGGAGCUGAGCUGCUCUGCCCAGCACUGGUGGCCGCCAUGCAAGCUGGUUUUGCUUGUCCUGGUUCCCGGACAGCUGGGGCCCUGGGCAGAACCCUGACAGCCUGGUCUCACCCCAGGCAAGGAGAAGGAGCCCCUGGAGAAGCUCUACCAGGUGGGGCUGCUGCUGCUGCUGGAGCCAGCGAGGAGCGCAUCAAGGAUGACAACUUCUUCCUGCACCUGGCUUCUGGCCAGCUGAAGAUGAUGGACUUGGAUUCUGGCACCUUCUUCCAAGCCAGGCUCCCCAGCGAAUUUGCAGAUGAGUCCACACCCAGGGAAAUGCUCCCAGAUUUGGGCAUUGCCCAGCCUGGCUGGGAAGCAAAGGUUCCCCCUUUGCUGGGGCGGAUGCAGCUGAUCCUUCAGUCGGCUGCCCAGCUGCUUUUGGCAGGGCUGGGGGGGCAUGGGCUGGGCUGGCUAGGAAAUGGGAGUGGGCUCCUGGCCCUGCCAACAGCCCCCAGCAGCCACCGUGGCCCGGGCUGGGGCUGGGGCUGGGGCAGCCAGCCCGACACAAACCAAGGCCCAUGGUGGGAGCAGAGGUGGGACUCCAGAACCUGUGCAGGGGCUGCUUUGCUGUGCAGGCAAGGAAGGGCUUGGGCUGCUCCACUGCCCUUGUGUGCUUUGGGAUCACUGUU